AUGCUCGUCAACUGGGCCAACGAUUCGGAAUGCCUCGGUCCUUUCAUCUACUUCCCGCUUUCCUCCAUAAACUUGCUCUACAUCUGCCUUUUUUUGAACAACACAAACCAUAUGCAUAAGUUGAUAAGCAUGCUCGUCGUUCUCGUCGUCAUUGCGUUCGAGACGCGCUUCGGAGCUUGGCUACGCGGCCACAUUUGGGCUUGUAUUCGGAGAGCCAUUACAACACGAAAGACCAAGAAGACAUCGAAUAAGCGACGUGAAUUGUCGACAUCGAAAAAUCAGGGUCAGAGAGGCAAGGCUCCUCCUGCUGCUGCUCUGCCAACACCAUCUGAAACCCUACGCUACCAUCCGGACAAGCAACUAUCGAACGACACUUCCGCGUUCCGCAAGGUCAACGAAGCUUACGAGGUCCUCAGAAAUCCCCUUCAGCGUCGUAAAUACGACCUGACGUACAAUUUUGUUCGAAGGGAGUUGGAGACUUAUCGCGAGGCGUGGAGGGAGUAUGAGAAAGAAACAGAGCAGCAACCAGAGCAGGCGAUGGAGCUGUACGCCGGUCCUCAUCAGGCAGUGCCGCGCAACCUUCAACGCAAGACCUUACACCCUAUGCCUCCGCAGUGA